GGACGAGUCAGGACUAAGACGGUGAAAAAGGCCGCCCGGGUCAUCAUUGAGAAGUACUACACCCGGCUGGGAAAUGACUUCCACACCAACAAGAGGGUGUGCGAGGAGAUUGCCAUCAUCCCCAGCAAGAAGCUGCGCAACAAGAUCGCUGGGUGAGUCUGGUUUCUUUAUCCUUAUUGUCUCUAAUAGUAAAGCGGACUCUAACCUCAGCGACAUAUCUAAAGCUUGUGUCUGAGUUCGAGCAGCAGAUGGUCCAUAGACGACGCAGUACAGCAACGUUCAACCAACCGUGGCUAUAUUUUCUUCAUUCUCAAUUUGGAAGGCACCGUUGUCUUUACUCCAGUUUCAGGUGUAGCCAGCAGAUCAGACACUACGCUUGCUUACAGCUACACUACAGGGUCGGACAGGCCGUUGGCUUAAAUUAAGUCACCACGGAGCCGGCACAAGAUAUGGCUCGGAAAACGUACCUCAAUCCAGGGAUGAGAAAUGCGUUGUACUCUGAAUUGUCCCAACUGUUAUACAGAGAAGAUGGAAUGACAGCUAGUUUUUCUGGAAAACUGUCGUCCUCAUGCUAGGUAGCAGAAGCCACACCAGAAGCCACGGCUCUUUUGUUGUCCAACGCGAUGCACCAUUCCAUAAUGGUUGCUGCUGCUACCUAGCAUGAGGAAGAAAAGGGCAGUUAAAAACGAGCAGUCGUUCAAUCUGUGACAAUUGGGAUAAUGGGACAACUGAGUAUAUGAAGAUGUUGAAGGUGGUUCUGUAAUUAGAUGGAUUGUUUAGGGGUGUCCCCAUUUUGCGGGGAUCUCUAUGGAUGCUAUGGGCGGCAGCACUGUCCCUAUGGACACGAUGUAUAUCCCAUUCUGUCAUCUGAAGACACCGACAUUGUCCUGCGUUGCUAAACAUGACAUCAAAUUGUUUUAGUGCUCUUCUCCUUUCAGUUUGUUGUGCUGAUAGACUCAUGUUUAGGCAGUGUUUUUUGGCAGGUGUUUCCUAUGGAUUGAAUGAGCAAAAAGGGUAGUUCUACUUCCAAGAGUCAGAUGAACUUGUGGAUACCAUUUUUGUCUCUGCGUCCUUGGAGGGAGUUAUUCAUUCUAUCAUAUCCCUGACCUAGCUGAUUAUUGAUAGUUUGCCACCUAAAACCCUGUAUCAAAAGUGACUGGCACAACUGUUGCCGUAGUCAUUGAUGGUACAGGAAUUGUGACUUUGAAAGCUUUUCCUGUGUUUGUUGGAAUACCUUUUCCUGUCAAACAUCUUCCUCGUCCCCAACAACCUAAACUUGAGUGAAACCUCAUUCUCAUGUUAGAUGAGUUUUCAGUGAUCUAGCAUAAAUAUUUUAGCUUGAAUCCAUGGUGUGAUCUAAUUGCUGUGACAAUUGUGAUGUAUGUGAAUGGAUUGUGCUCUUAGGUAUGUGACCCAUCUGAUGAAGCGCAUCCAGAGGGGUCCGGUCAGAGGCAUCUCCAUCAAGCUGCAAGAGGAGGAGAGGGAGAGGAGGGACAACUACGUCCCAGAGGUAAGUGUCACCAACCCACCCACACUUCUGAGCAUCAGAGCACAGUGCAUCUAUACUUGCUGGCAACGCAAAGGUCAUGGGUUCAAUUCCCACAGGCAUCACAUAAAAUGUAUGCAUUAACUGAGCUAUAAGUUGGUUUGGUUAAUCAGUGGCAUAUGUUUCUUGAUGGCAAUGGACUAACCAAAUUCUUUCUUGAUGCUUGUGAUGUAUAGCUGGGUGGUGUCCUUCUCAAAUGAAUGGACUCUAUAGGCAUGCCUUGCUGAUGUAUGCAUGUUUGAUUUGCUGUCCAGUAGGGAGUUGUAUUGCUGUGUCCCUACCUCUCGAACAGUUAUGAUUAUAGCUAUGCAUGUUUCUACUUUGCCUAGGCACGUAAAGAUGCAUUCAUAAACUGCUUUUGGUCAUCAAUUAUCUCCUUUCUUUGCUGCCAUUGGUUAUCUUCAGUGUGUGGUUGAGAUGGGAUGUGAAAUACCUUUUUGUCAGUCAAAUUCUCAUUCUUUGAUUUGCCCUGUAUCGAAAGUGACUAUGGCAUGACUGUUGCCAUAGUCAUUGAUAGUACAGGAAUAGUGGUCUUGAAAGCUUUUCCCGUGUUUGUUGGAAUACUGGUUCCUGUCAAACCCUGUAUCUUUCAAACAAUGUGUUAACAGCUUAAACCUUGCCCCAGGCAGCCAGUAAAUGCUGUACGCUCUGUUGAGUUGUAUUUAACUGUCAGUGUUGUCUGUUUACUAUGCACACUAUUACUAAUGUGUUUGGACAGUGUUGACAUGAUGCAUUAGCACAAUAACUUCACUUUUCUCUGUUUCCAGGUUUCUGCUCUCGACCAGGAGAUCAUAGAGGUGGACCCCGACACCAAGGAGAUGCUCAAGCUACUGGUAAGUCUCUCACAGGCAGCUACAAUUUGGUGUCUUAAUGAAGAAUAUACACUACCUGAUCCAAAGUAUGUGGACACCUGCUCGUCGAAGAUCUCAAUCCAAAAUCAUGGGCAUUAAUAUGGAGUUGGUUGAGAUCUGUGCAGUCAAGUUCAUCCACACCAAUGUCGACAAACCAUUUUGUGUAUGGAACUCGCUUUGUGCACGGAGGCAUUGUCAUGCUGAAACAGGAAGGGGCCUUCCCCAAACUGUUGCCACAAAGUUGGAAGCACAGAAUCGUCUAGAAUGUCAUUGUUUGCUGUAGCUUUAAGAUUUAUCUUCACUGGAACUAAGGGGCCUAGCACAAACCAUGAAAAACAGCACUAGACCAUUAUUCCUCCCCCACCAAACCUUACAGUUGGCACUAUGCAUUCGGGCAGUUAGCGUUCUCCUGGCAUCUGCCAAACGCAGAUUUGUCUGUCGGACUACCAGAGGGUGAAGCGUGAUUCAUCACUCCAGAGAAGGCGUUUCCAGAGUCCAAUGGCGGCAAGCUUUACACCACUCUAGCCGACACUUGGCAUUACGCAUGGUGAUCUUAUACUUGUGUGCGACUGCUCGGCCAUGGAAACCCAUUUCAUGAAGCUCCCGACGAACAGUUCUUGUGCUGACGUUGCUUCCAGAGGCAGUUUGGAACUAUGUUGUGAGUGUUGCAACCGAGGACAGACCCAAAGAAAAUGGACGUGCUUCGGCUCUCGGCAGGCCUGUUCUGUGAGCUUGUGUGGCCAACCACUUAGCGGCUGAGCCAUUGUUGCUCCUAGACGUUUCCACUUCACAAUAACAGCACUUAGUUGACUGGGGCAGCUCUAGCAGGGCAGACAUUUGACAAACUGACUUGCUGGAGAGGUGGCAUCCUAUGAUGGUGCCACGUUGAAAGUCACAGCUCUUCAGUAAGGCCAUUCUACUGCCAAUGUUUGUCUAUGGAGAUUGCAUGGCGGUGUACUCGAUUUUAUACACCAGUCAGCAAUGGGUGUGGCUGAAAUAGCCAAAUCAACUAUUUUGAAAUGGUAUCCACAAAUGUUUGUUUGUGUGUAUAUAUAAAUGUAUGUAUAUAUGUAUAUAAACUCAUCAAAAAAAUAAACGUCCUCUCACUCUCAACUGCGUUUAUUUUCAGCAAACUUAACGUGUAAAUAUUUGAAUGAACAUAAGAUUCAACAACUGAUACAUAAACUGAACAAGUUCCACAGACAUGUGACCAACAGAAAUGGAAUGAUGUGUCCCUGAACAUAGGGGGGGUCAAAAUCGAAAGUAACAUUCAGUAUCUGGUGUGGCCCCCAGCUGCAUUAAGUACUGCAGUGCAUCUCCUGCUCAUGGACUGCACCAGAUUUGCCAGUUAUUGCUGUGAGAUGUUACCCCACUCUUCCACCAAGGCAUCUGCAAGUUCCCUGACAUUUCUGGGGGGAAUGGCCCUAGCCCUCACCCUCCGAUCCAACCGGUCCCAGACGUGCUCAAUGGGAUUGAAGAGCACUUUUUGUCAGUCCUGUCUGGUCCAGCGACGGUGGGUUUGUGCCCAUAGGCGACGUUGUUGCCGGUGAUGUCUGGUGAGGCCUAUUGCGGACAGUCUGAGCACUGAUGGAGGGAUUGUGCGUUCCUGGUGUAACUCGGGCAGUUGUUGUUGCCAUCCUGUACCUGUCCCGCAGGUGUGAUGUUUGGAUGUACCGAUCCUGUGCCGGUGUUGUUACACGUGGUCUGCCACUGCGAGGACGAUCAGCUGUCCGUCCUGUCUCCCUGUAGCGCUGUCUUAGGCGUCUCCAGUACGGACAUUGCAAUUUAUUGCCCUGGCCACAUCUGCAUGCCUCUUGUCAGUAGAUAGGCCUCUAGUGUCCUAAGUUUUCAUAACUGUGACCUUAAUUGCCUACCGUAUUUUAACGACCGUUCCACAGGUGCAUGUUCAUUAAUUGUUUAUGGUUCAUUGAACAAGCAUGGGAAACGGUGUUUAAACCCUUUACAAUGAAGAUCUGUGAGGUUAUUUGGAUUUGUACGAAUUAUUUUUGAAAGACAAGGUCCUAUUUUUUUUGCUGAGUUUGUGUGUGUAUAUACAGUAUCUCACUAAAGUGAGUACACCCCUCACAUUUAUGUAAAUAUUUCAGUAUAUCUUUUCAUGUGACAACACUGAAGAAAUGACACUUUGCUACAAUGUCAAGUAAUGAGUGUACAGCUUGUAUAACAGUGUAAAUUUGCUGUCCCCUCAAAAUAACACAACACACAGCCAUCAAAAUAACACAACACACAGCCAUUAAUGUCUAAACCGCUGGCAACAAAAGUGAGUACACCCCUAAGUGAAAAUGUCCAAAAUAUGGCCCAAAGUGUCUAUUUUGUGUGGCCACCAUCACUUUCCAGCACUGCCUUAACCCUCUUGGGCAUGGAGUUUACCAGAGCUUCACAGGUUGCCACUGGAGUCCUCUUCCACUCCUCCAUGACGACAUCACGGAGCUGGUGGAUGUUAGAGACCUUGCACUCCUCCACCUUCCGUUUGAGGAUGCCCCACAGAUGCUCAAUAGGGUUUAGGUCUGGAGACAUGCUUGGCCAGUCCAUCACCUUUACCCUCAGCUUCUUCGUCUUGGAGGUGUGUUUGGGGUCGUUAUCAUGUUGGAAUACUGCCCUGCGGCCCAAUCUCUGAAGGGAGGGGAUCAUGCUCUGCUUCAGUAUGUCACAGUACAUUGGCAUUCAUGGUUCCCUCAAUGAACUGUCUUCAGCAAACUGUUUGCGGGCUUUCUUGUGCAUCAUCUUUAGAAGAGGCUUCCUUCUGGGACGACAGCCAUGACCAAUUUGAUGCAGUGUGCGGCGUAUGGUCUGAGCACUGACAGGCUGACCCCCCCCCCCCCCCCCCCCCCCACCCCUUCAACCACUGCAGCAAUGCUGCCAGGACUCAUACGUCUAUUUCCCAAAGACAACCUCUGGAUAUGACGCUGAGCACGUGCACUCAACUUCUUUGGUCGACCAUGACGAAGCCUGUUCUGAGUGGAACCUGUCCUGUUAAACCGCUGUAUGGUCUUGGCCACCGUGCUGCAGCUCCAGGGUCUUGGCAAUCUUCUUAUAGCCCAGGCCAUCUUUAUGUAGAGCAACAAUUCUUUUUUUCAGAUCCUCAGAGAGUUCUGUGCCAUGAGGUGCCAUGUUGAACUUCCAGUGACCAGUAUGAGGGAGUGUGAGAGUGAUGACACCAAAUUUAACACACCUGCUCCCCAUUCAAACCUGAGACCUUGUAACACUAACGAGUCACAUGACACCGGGGAGGGAAAAUGGCUAAUUGGGCCCAAUUUGGACAUUUUCACUUAGGGGUGUACUCACUCUUGUUGCCAGCGGUUUAGACAUUAAUGGCUGUGUGUUGUGUUAUUUUGAGGGGACAGCAAAUUUACACUGUUAUACAAGCUGUACACUCACUACUUUACAUUGUAGCAAAGUGUCAUUUCUUCAGUGUUGUCACAUGAAAAGAUAUACUCAAAUAUUUACAUAAAUGUGAGGGGUGUACUCACUUUUGUGAGAUACUGUGUGUGUAUAUACAUACACCCACACGUUCAAAAGUUUGGGGUCGCUUUGAAAUGUCCUUGCUCUCGAAAGAAAAGUAAUUUUUUUGUCCAUUAAAAUAACAUCAAGGUCAGCAUCCCGGUGUCGCCUCUUCACUGUUGACGUUGAGAAUGGUGUUUUGCGGGUACUAUUUAAUGAAGCUGCCAGUUGAGGACCUGUGACGCGUCUGUUUCUCAAACUAGACACCUAAUGUAUUUGUCGUCUUGCUCAGUUGUGCACCGGGGCCUCCCACUCCUCUUUCUAUUCUGGUUGGAGCCAGUUUGCGCUGUUCUGUGAAGGGAGUAGUACACAGCGUUGUACGAGAUCUUCAGUUUCUUGGCAAUUUCUCGCAUGGAAUAUCCUUAAUUUCUCAGAACAAGAAUAGACUGACUAGUUUCAGAAGAAAGUUCUUUGUUUCUGGCAAUUUUGAUCCUGUAAUUGAACCCACAAUUGCUGAUGCUCCAGAUACUCAACUAUUCUCAAGAAGGCCAGUUUUAUUGCUUCUUUAAAUCAGCACAACAGUUUUCAGCUGUGCUAACAUAAUUGCAAAAGGGUUUUCUAAUGCUCAAUUAGCCUUUUUAAAAUGAUAAACUUGGAUUAGCAAACACAACGUGCCAUUGGAACACAGGACUGAUGGUUGCUGAUAAUGGGCCUCUGUGCAUAUGUAGAUAGUCCAUUAAAAAUCAGCCGUUCCAGCUAAAAUAGCCAUUUACAACAUUAACAAUGUCUACACUGUAUUUCUGAUCAAUUUGAUGUUAUUUUAAUGGACCAAAAUGUUUUACUUUCUUUCAAAAACAAGGACAUUUCUAAGUGACCCCAAACUUUAGAAUGGUUGUGUGUGUAUACAGCUGUGGAAAAAAAUUAAGAGACCACUGCAAAUUUCUUAAAUCAGCAUCUCUACAUGUAUGACAGCCAUUCCAGUGUCUGUUGAAUUUCAACACAGGCACACUUCAUUCUACUGAAUUAGGUUCUGAUUAGGUGAUCACAUGAACCAAAUCUUAUUUAACGAGGAAAAGUAUAAAAACCACUGCUGUGGUCAUCACUAUCCUCUUGCAAUAGUACCAGCUGGAUGGCAAAAACAGUGCUAAUAGUACCUCAAAAGUAAUAUUAAUCAAAAAAUAACUAUUGACCAUGCCAAAAGAGUUGAAAAGGAAAGUUUUGAGUGAGGAAAAGAAGGGUUCAAUGCUGGCUUUACUGGCAGAGGGAUACCGUGGCAGAGGGAUACAGUGAGCGUCAGGUUGCUACUAUCCUUACAAUUUCGAAGACGGCGGUUCAUAAGAACUAGGUCAAGCAGCAGACAUUGGAGACAAAGCUACAGACCGGCAGAGGGUGAAAACGACUCUACUGACAGGGAUGACCGCCAACCCAUUCGAAUGUCACUCAACAACCGUAGGGUGACAUCAAGUGACCUAAAAAAAGAAUGGCAAACGGCAGCUGGGGUGAAGUGCACGGCGAGGACUGUUCGAAACGGGCUCCUAGGGGCAGGGCUGAAGUCGUGCAAAGCUAGAAAAAAGCCCUUCAUCAAUGAGAAGCAAAGAAGAGCCAGGCUGAGGUUUCCGAAAGACCAUAAGGAUUGGACCGUAGAGGACUGGAGUAAGGUCAUCUUCUCUGAUGAGUCCAAUUUUCAGCUUUGCACAACACCUGGUCGUCUAAUGGUUAGACGGAGACCUGGAGAGGCCUACAAGCCACAGUGUCUCGCACCCACUGUGAAAUUUGGUGGAGGAUCGGUGAUGAUCUGGGGGUGCUUCAGCAAGGCUGGAAUGGGGCAGAUUUGUCUUUGUGAAGGACGCAUGAAUCAAGCCACGUACAAGGUUGUCCUGGAAGGAAACUUGCUUCCUUUUGCUCUGACAUUGUUCCCCAACUCUGAGGAUUCAUUUUUCUAGCAGGACAAUGCGCCAUGCCACACAGCCAGGACAAUCAAGGUGUGGAUGGAGGACCACCAGAUCAAGACCCUGUCAUGGCCGGCCCAAUCUCCAGACCUGAACCCCAUUGAAAACUUCUGGAAUGUGAUCAAGGGGAAGAUGGAUGGUCACAAGCCAUCAAACAAAGCUGAGCUGCUUGAAUUUUUGCACCAGGAGUGGCAUAAAGUCACCCAACAUCAAUUUGAAAGACUGGUGGAGAGCAUGCCAAGAUGCAUGAAAGCUGUGAUUGAAAUAUCAGGGGUUAUUCCACCAAAUAUUGAUUUCUGAACUCUUCCUAAGUUAAAACAUUACUAUUGUGUUGUUUAAAAAUGAACAUGAACUUAUUUUCUUUGCAUUAUUCGAGGUCUGACAACACUGCAUCUUUUUUGUUAUUUUGACCAGUUGUCAUUUUCUGCAAAUAAAUGCUCUAAAUGACUAUUUUCCUUUGGAAUUUGGGAGAAAUGUUGUCAGUAGUUUAUAGAAUAAAACAAACAAAAAUAUUUUUACCCAAACACAUACCUAUAAAUAGUAAAACCAGAGAAACUGAUAAUUUUACUGACUUUUUACCCCAGCUGUAUAUGUGUAUGUUUAGCCUUAAGAUAACAGCUUGGCUUAAACCCUGUAUCGAAAGUGACUAUGACAUGACUGUUGCCAUAGUCAUUGAUAGUACAGGAACAGUGACGUUGAAAGAUUUUCCCGUGUUUGUUGGAAUAUCGCUUCCUGUCAAACCCUGUAUCUUUCAAACAUAUUCCACAUCCUCCACAAUCUUAACUUCAGGGUGAAACUGUACUCACGGCUAUGAGACCAGGCUUCUGUGAUUUACAUCGUUAUCAUGAACCUGUGGUGUAUUCUGGUGGUUACUUGAUGGUGGAAUUUAAUUUAAUUUUCCCCUUUCCUCCAGGACUUCGGCAGUCUGUCCAACCUGCAGGUCACCCAGCCAACUGUCGGAAUGAACUUCAAGACACCAAGAGGAGUCUAG